AUGCGUACUUUUGUUUCGGUCAGUCAGCAGCAGCCAGUAAACAUGGCUGGUGUUGGUUUCCGACGGUGGGCCCAAGCCCUCUCUACAGCCAAAAGGUCUGGCUUUCCAGCACUUCUGUCGGGAAGUAGAGCAGCCUCUGCUUCGUCAAAGGGUAGCUUACCUGGUCCAUAUCCGAAUACUCCUGAGGAGAGGGCAGCUGCUGCAAAGAAGUACAACAUAAGGCUGGAGGACUAUGAACCAUAUCCAGACAAAGGCGAGGGCUACGGUGAUUAUCCAAAGCUUCCUGAAAGAUCUCAGCAGGAGAGGGACCCCUGGUACCAAUGGGACCACCCUGACCUGAGGAGGAACUGGGGCGAGCCGAUGCACUGGCAUUUUGACAUGUACAUCAGGAACCGUGUGGAUACAUCUCCCAGCCCCGUGCCCUGGUCCUCGAUGUGUAAACAACUGUUCGGUUUCAUCGGGUUCAUGUUGUUUAUGUUCUACGUUGGGGAGGUAUUCCCAGCUUACCAACCUGUUGCACCGAAACAGUAUCCCUACAACAACCUGUACUUGGAGAAAGGCGGAGAUCCUGAGAAACAGCCUGAGGAAGUCAAGAAUUAUGAAAUCUAAAGACUUCAACCUGAUUCUACUUGUGUACAUAUAUUUCUGUCAAGAAUAAAGACUUAAUGUUAACAGUUA